AUGUCUGUCCAACCAACUACCAGCGGAGCGACGAAUAUCCCAUCUGGAUACGACCCUCGUUCUGACGUCCUGUAUCACUUUUAUGCCUACCACUACUUCGCUGUACCAGACACAGCUCUCGACCUCAUCAACCUCACUGAUGCCGAUAUGCACUUCUACAACGUGGUCGCGGACGUGGUUCGAGGCAGCAACACCCAUUACAAGCUUGCCGCAUACCUCAAAACCCAUCACCACUCUGUCUCUUGCCUUCGGCCCCACUCAGACACGUCCACUGCACCCAAGGCUGGUCGCACCGAUGAUAAGACCUUCAGAAACGAGUUCAUUUCGCACGUAAAAUCGUACAACGAGACUAUGGAGCCACGCAACCGCUUCUACAUUAUCGGCCUUACUCCAGAUGACAUGAGCUACUUGACCACCCUUCACCAAGACGGAGAUGAGGAUCCUCAUGCCAUUCGCACAGCAACUGAUGCCUGUUGCGAUGUAGACACCCCUUAUAUCUCCCGUCGGAGCUUUGAAGAUGAGGGAACUGUUGAUGGAACUAUGGAGGAUGCCGUGAUGAAGUGCUUGGUUGAUUCUGGCGACAGGCUUAGGAUCCAUGCAACCAUCGAGGGAAAGCUGGGAAGGUUGACAGUUUCUGGUGUGGGUAAGGCUAAUGAGGGCAAGGCUGAUGAGCACUGA